AUGGACCUCCGCGUCGGCAACAAGUACAGAAUCGGCCGCAAGAUUGGUAGCGGCAGUUUCGGUGACAUCUACCUCGGUACCAACAUCAUCUCUGGUGAGGAGAUCGCCAUCAAGCUCGAGAGCGUCAAGGCGAAGCACCCCCAGCUCGAAUAUGAGGCCCGCGUCUACAAGUCGCUCGCUGGCGGUGUCGGCAUCCCCUUUGUCCGCUGGUUCGGAACCGAGUGCGACUACAACGCCAUGGUCUUGGACCUGCUUGGUCCUUCCCUCGAGGACCUCUUCAACUUCUGCAACCGCAAGUUCUCCCUGAAGACUGUUCUGCUCCUCGCCGAUCAGCUCAUCUCCCGCAUUGAGUACAUCCACGCCAAGUCCUUCAUCCACCGCGACAUCAAGCCCGACAACUUCCUUAUGGGCAUUGGCAAGCGCGGCAACCAGGUCAAUGUCAUCGACUUUGGUCUGGCCAAGAAGUACCGCGAUCCCAAGACGCACUUCCACAUCCCGUACAGAGAGAACAAGAACUUGACUGGUACCGCCCGCUACGCCUCCAUCAACACUCACUUGGGUGUCGAACAAUCCCGCCGUGACGACAUGGAGUCUUUGGGCUAUGUCAUGCUUUACUUCUGCCGUGGAUCCCUUCCCUGGCAGGGUCUUAAGGCGGCCACCAAGAAGCAGAAAUACGACCGCAUCAUGGAGAAGAAGAUGACGACUCCCACCGAGGUCCUCUGCCGUGGCUUCCCCAACGAGUUCGCCAUCUACCUCAACUACACCCGCUCCCUCCGCUUCGAUGACAAGCCCGACUACUCGUACCUCCGCAAGAUUUUCCGCGACCUCUUCGUCCGUGAAGGCUUCCAGUACGACUACGUGUUCGACUGGACCGUCUACAAGUACCAGAAGAACGCCCAAGCCAUCGCCCAGGCUGCCAACCAGGGCCAGGGCGAGGAAGACGACAAGGGCCGCGGACGCCACGUCACCACCACCGCCGCUGCCAACGCGGGCACGGCAGCUGGCACCAAGCGCGGUCCGGUCAACGCGCGCCAGGAGGGCACCGGAAUGUGA